AUGAUCUUCUACUGCCAGGAUGCUCACAGAGCUGAACACUGGCCUGAUCACAAAGAUCUCUGCAAAACAAUCGUCCAAAUGUUGGAAGAAUCUGGCUCUUCAGAUCUCUUCCAAAACAUGAACAAGAAAAACGUUGUCACUUGGACAAGGGAGAAGUUCUCUCUAAUUUCAGAAGUAGAAUCAAAACUAGAUAGAAAACUCCUGGACUUUGAAAAGGAAAUGUUCCUCUUUCCCAAGGUUUGUCUGGAGUGUUUCGAGAACAUAUCUUUGGAAACCUGCAAUAAAUGCGGUAUUAGCUUCUGCAAUGAUGACAGAAGAUCUGUACGUCAUCAAGAACUCUGCAAAUUGUUUUUAUUAACAUUUAGCUUGGAAAAUCAACUUCUAACGAUAAGACAAUCAACUGCCCCGAUUGCCUCGAUCGAGAUGUUGGUCUCUUCUUCAAGAAAAAGUACCCUACAAUCCAUACCUUUCGUGACAAGGAUUGAAUCAUUGCCGAAAUCGAUGGACCAAUUCAUCAGCUACAUUGAGCUUGAUGAUCAAGACAUCUGGGAACGGGAAAAUCCGGAAAAAAUUCCCGAAAUUAGGCAAUGGCUCUACUCUCAAGUGUUCACAAGACCUUUGACCUGCUUCUACGGUUUAGAGAAACUGGAAAGAUGGCUCGAAUCGAUGGUGGUUCAUGUUAUUGCUGCUGCUGAUGAUGAAAAAUGUGAAGGAGGAUACUGGGAGGUGUUGCUUCAUUUGGUGCCGAGUUUGAAGAAUCUAAGAAUUGUUUUUAUCGGAUCGGAAGUUACUGAAUUAGAUCCUGUUGCAAUUGAUGUCUGCAGUGGUUGUUUCGAGAGAGGAAAGAGUUUGGUGAUUGAAGGAGUGGAUCUCAGAUAUGAAGACUAUUUUUUGACUAAAUUUUUCAAAAAACCAGACAUCGUCAUCGCCUAUAGUCUCUUUGUCGCCGAGAACAAACUCACAUUGUCGGAGAAUUUGAGAAAGACGAUCCUAACUUUGGGAAAGGUGGAUGCGCCUUUCAUAGUGACUGAAGAAAAGUUCUCGAAGAAUUCGAUAGCUUCUAAUUUUAUGAAGAUUGUUUUGGGACCUUCUGCUACUCCUUUGAAAAUGGAAGUCAACUUGUUCAAAGGAGAUAUCAUCAAAAGGGAUAUUUUAUCAGGCACACUCUGCUACUUGAAUUAUGGUGUUCUUGUUUAUUCUGGAUUGUAUGGACUACCAAUUUCUCCAACUAAUGAGCAUUCGGAUUCUAGGUCUGAACAUUCUGAAAUUGAAGAGGAAUGCCAUGGAAAAGUUGUAGAAGACAUGACGAAUUUUAAAUUGAAAUGA